AUGUUGAUCACCUAUUCAAUUCAGAGUGGUACUGCCAAGUUUCUCAAGGCAUUGAAGGAUAGCAAGGAUGCUGGAAGUGAUAACAAUCUAAUAGGUCAAUUUGGGGUCGGUUUUUACUCUGCUUUUCUUUUUGCAGAUCGGGUUAUUGUCUCAACCAAGAGCCCAAAAUCAGACAAGCAGUAUGUGUGGGAAGGAGAAGCAAAUGCUAGCUCCUAUACUAUAAGAGAGGAAACAGAAGCGGAUAAGCUCAUUCCUAGGGGAACCCGCCUUACUUUGUAUCUCAAGAUCCUCUAAGUGAGUUGGCAAGCAGGGAGAAGGAAGCUGGGGAAUUCCCAGUGACCUGGUAUUUUCAUGGUUUUGGAUAUUUGGACCAUUUUGAACAAGUAACUUGGAGUUAGCAGUCUUUUUUUUGGAGGAAGUACUUAGCAUCACAGUGAAUAAGUAGAAGCGAAUAACCGUUGUUUCCAGUUAUUUAAUCUUUUUCAG